UAUUCAAAUGUCUAUAAAAUUAUCUUGUGAUAACUUCAAUAUUUAAUAUAAAUGAUAGAUACAGUGAUGCACGGCAUUCAUUUUUGACGACUCCGUCGUUCUCUGGAAGAAAAGAGAGGCAUAUACUGUAACUUCAAGUUUCGAAGUUUGGAUCCUAUUCGAUUGAUUAUUCUGUUUUCCGGAGUUGAUUUUGGAUGUUAAUGGAGAAUAAAGCGGAAAACAAGGCGGUUUUCGAUGCGGAGUCAGCGAAGGAGGUGGUGAAGGAGUUGAGAGAUAGCUUCGUAACCGGAAAAACUAAAAGCCACCGAUGGAGAGUGACUCAGUUGAAAGCAAUGUUGAAGAUGUUGGAUGAGAACGAGCCGCAAAUCGUCGCCGCUCUUCGUGAUGAUCUUUCCAAGCCGGAAUUCGAAUCCUCCCUCUACGAGAUACAGAUAUUAAAGAAUUCAUGCAGAUUGGCACUCAAGGAAAUGAACCACUGGAUGAUGCCAGAAAAGGCAAAAACUUCGUUGACUACAUUUCCUUCCUCUGCUGAAAUUGUAUCUGAACCAUUGGGUGUCGUGUUAGUAAUCUCAGCAUGGAAUUAUCCUUUUUUAUUGUCUCUUGAUCCAGUUGUUGGAGCUAUUUCAGCUGGUAAUGCUAUAGUCUUAAAGCCAUCAGAAAUGGCUCCAGCCUCAUCAUCAUUGAUUGCAAAGCUGGUAGCGGAUUAUUUGGAUAGCUCUUGCAUUAAGGUUGUUGAAGGGGCUGUUCCUGAAACAUCAGCACUAUUGGAGCAAAAGUGGGACAAAAUAUUGUAUACAGGCAAUGGAAGAGUUGCUCGCAUUGUGAUGGCAGCUGCUGCAAAGCACCUAACACCAGUUGUUUUGGAGCUCGGAGGAAAGUCACCUGUUAUUGUUGAUUCAAACAUCAACUUAAAGGUUGCAACUAGGCGGAUCAUUGCGGGGAAGUGGGGCUGUAAUAAUGGACAAGCAUGUAUUUCUCCUGAUUACAUUAUUACAACAAAAGAUUACGCUACGAAGUUGGUUGACUCUUUCAAAUGUGAACUGGAGCGAUUUUAUGGAAAGGACCCAUUGGAGUCGAAAGACUUGUCUCGCAUAGUGAAUUCUAACCACUUUGAUCGCUUGUCAAAGCUCAUGGAUGAGGAGAAAGUUUCUAGUAAGAUCGUCCAUGGCGGUCAGAGAAAUGAAAAGAACCUGCAGAUUGCUCCCACGAUCUUUCUUGAUGUCCCAGUAAAUUCUCUCAUCAUGAAAGAAGAGAUAUUUGGCCCAUUGCUUCCGAUUAUCACGGUGGACAAAGUGGAACAGAGUUUUGAUUUGAUACAUUCUUCUGGAGGAAAGCCACUAGCAGCGUAUCUGUUUACGAAUAACAAGAAACUAAAACGUAAGUUUGUUGAAACGGUCUCUGCAGGGGGUUUAGUCGUCAAUGACACAGCUGUACAUCUUGCUAUACACAGUUUACCAUUCGGAGGAGUGGGGGAAAGCGGAAUGGGUUCGUACCAUGGGAAAUUCUCCUUCGAUGCAUUUAGCCAUAAGAAGGCAGUUCUUUAUAGAGGUUUUGCAGGUGAUGCAUUUCUGAGAUACCCACCAUACACACCGGGGAAGCUAACAUUGUUGCAGGCACUUCUCAGUGGUAGCAUUGUUGGCAUAAUCCGUGCUUUGCUGGGAUGGUUUUGGGCUUAAAGGGACAACCGGUUCGACUGUCUUUUAUUGCAAGUUCGGUUAUCUAGUAAGGUAAAUAAUCUGGUUUUAAGACAUUUAUUUCAGCAUGUCCUUUGGCAUUAAUUCGGGUUGACCAAGGUUAGUUGUAUACAACACCGAGUAGUAUACGCAAAUGAGAACUCGAAAUGUAUGCAAUUCUUGAAAGAUACAUUUGGUUUAUGAAAUAUGAGAUUAUUUUUUUAAUUAAA